AGGUGACAAACCCGGAAGUAAACUACUGCACGUUACCUCGUUCAGCCUACUUUAAUAUGACCUGCAAGAUUUGAUCUGCUCUCCCUUUGAACUGGAAUAAUGGAUGACACUGGAGAAGAUGUGAAUAUGAAGGAAGGCCAUUCAAGUUCAAUUAGUCCAGUUCUACGAAUCAGUCAGCUUGAUGCCUUUGAGUUGGACAGAGCUUUAGAGCAGCUGAUCUGGACACAGUUCUCCCAGUGCUUUCAACAUUUUAAACCUGGGCAGCUAACUCAUUUUGAACCAGAGCUGAAAGCAUUAUUGCAACUUGUUUUAUGGAGGUUCACAAUCUAUUCCAAGAGCGCAACUGUUGGGCAGGCACUUUUGAGCAUCAGAUACAAGAAUAACCUCUCUCAGACCCAAAAGUAUCAACAAAUGAGCCGCCAGCAGAAACUCUGGUAUGCUUUGUGCACAAUUGGAGAAAAGUGGCAGCAAGAGAGAGUUCAUGACCUGUUUGCAAACCGACCUUCUGAUUCUGCUGUACAUAAAAUAAAACUACUUCUAAAUUUAAUCUCGGGUUUCAUAAAAGUUGCAAGCCUGCUGAAUUUCCUUGUCUUUCUUCGAAAAGGAACAUUUCCUACACUCACGGAGCGAUUCCUUGGAAUUCGUGCAGUUUUCUGCAAACCUCAAGGCAUCCGACAAAUUGGAUUUGAAUAUAUGAAUCGAGAGCUGUUGUGGCAUGGCUUUGCGGAAUUUCUUAUUUUUCUCUUUCCACUUAUCAACACAAGAAAACUGAAAGCAAAAUUUAUUUCUUUGUUUUCACCGUUUGAUAGUAUCAGAGCUAAGGAUGCAACAUUGGUCACACAUUGCAGAGAGUGCACUUUAUGCGGUGAAUGGCCCAUCAUGCCACAUACUAUUGGCUGUAGUCAUGUGUUUUGCUAUUACUGUAUUAAAAGUUAUUCUAUAUCUGAUAUUGACUUGACUUGUCCAAGUUGUGGUAUGGAAUUACAGAAUAUAGAGCCCCUGAGUCUAGAAAUUGAAUUAAAUGAAAUUUCCCAAAGCUAAGCAGUUUCAUCAUUAGGACAUUUGAAGAAAGUAAACCAUUCUGAUAUGGAUAACCAGAUACAGACUUUCUGCAAUUCUAAACUGUUUUACUUGAUUAUAUUUCUUGAUAAAGAGUUGCUUCUUCAUGAAAGUGUUUUAAUUUAAUGUAUGCUUACUUUUGCUGCUGUUCUGCCUAAUUGCACCCUGAUUUAUUUUGGUCUUCGUAAAAAAUAUUCUAAGGGUAAUUUUGAACCAUUUUUAUGAUGUAAAUAAAUGCAAUGAAUUCAGUUUGCUGCUAUUUUAAAACCUCAAGUGAAUAGUUUAUUGUAACCAUUAGAAUAAAAUAUUAUUCAGAAUCUGAGCAAUGAAUAAAUAAAUGGUCAGAAUGAA